AUGCGCACAUCCUUCGCUGCCCUCGCUGGCGCCGGGCUCGCGGCCGUCGGACUCGCGCGCGCCGCCGCCCUCACCGAGCACAACUUUACCAUCAGCGACAUGUCCCCGAUGCUCACGUACACCAACGCGGGGGCAUGGAACGCGAGCUGGACCCAGUCCAACUGGUCGACGUGGGUCAGCAACGACACGCGCUUCGGCAACGGCGUCAGCAUGCACACUGCCACCGAGGUCGGCUCGAGCGUGAGCCUCAGCUUUGUCGGCACCGGCGUGUGGUUCUUUGGCUCGGCGGAUGGCGGGGUCAGCUUGCAGGUCGACUCCGGGGCGGCGACUACCACCACCCUGUCGCAGGUGGUCAACACCAGCCUCGCGGGCAUCGGCGGCCUCGACUAUGCUUACCAUACUGUUAAGCUCGCACUCGCGUCAGGCAGCUCGCUCACGCUCAAGAGCGUGGUCAUCACGACCGCCAUCGGGGGCGAGGGGGCCCGAGCGUCCAACACCUCCAUGCUCAUGUAUGAGGACACGCCCAAGGCCUACCUCAUGAACUCGAACAUUACGCUCAGCUCGCAGCAGGACUGGCAGAUCAUGAGCAGCGUGUCGCAGACCAUCGUGACGCCCGACUCGACGGCCGACAGCGUGGUCCAGUACCCGCGCCUCUCGACGCACUUCUCCACCGCCUGGUUGUCGUUCGCCGUGCCCGCCAACACAAGCUUGAUGACACUCCGCGGGCCGGUGGGGUACAACUACGACAAGUACAGAGUCACGCUGGACCCGUCGCCGCCGUUCGGGCCGGCCAGCUUGACCCUCACGGCGCAGUCGCCGUGGCUCGGCUUCCCCGAGAUCCUGUGGUUCGCGUCCAUCGACCCGACACAGCAGUACAAGGUGACGGUCGACUUCUUGCCCUCGGGCACGAGCGAAACCGUCACGUACUUUGACACGACGUCGGCGCAGUUCGUCGCGGGUGUGGGUGGAACCGGCGGAUUGCCAGGCCAAGGCAGCACGUCGGGCGGCAACAGCACCGGCAGCGGCGGCGGCAGUGGCAAUGGCCACGGCAGUGGCUCGGGGAGCAACAACAACGGCUCGGGCAAGUCGAGCACCAACGUCGGCGCAAUCGCGGGCGGGGCUGCCGGCGGCGCAGUGGCGCUCAUCCUCGCCGGCGUCCUCCUCUGGUGGUGCCUGCGCAAGCGGCGCAACAGCGCCCGCAACACGGGCAAGAAGCGCGUGGUCGGCACGCUGCUGGACCCGAAGCGGCGCGAGUCGGCCAACUCGGAGUUUGAGAUCGAGCCGCUCGACCCCGUCGUCAGCGCACACCAUAUGGGAUCGUACGCUGGCAGCGGGUACGGCGGCAGCGCGCACAGCCUGCCCGGCAGCAACGGCGGCGUCACGCCGCUGCCUCCCCCCAAUGCGCCAAACUCGUACCUCACCCGCCCGACCCCGCCGCACACGUACUCGUCGUCCCCGUCGAGCCCGGUAGAGGGGUACACGACCACGCCGGCGCUCGCGUCGCAGACGAAAGCCGCGCUUGCGGCCGGCAGCGUGGGGCAUGCGUUCAGCGACCACCAUGGCGAGGGUUACGGCCGGCCUCUGCCCUCUGCGCCGUCGUCCUUCUCCCACUCCCAGGGUCAGUACCCCCCGUCCCAGUCGUCGAGCAGCCACAGCCCUGUCACCCCGACCACGUCGAGCCAGGGCGGCAAGGCGCGCUACGCGCCGCCUCAGCAGCAGCAGCAGCCAGUAGUCAAUGUCGAGCAGGACGCCGGGCGCGUGCCUGCCCCAGCGGCGCAGCCACCGGCCGAGAGCGUGCCCCCGACAUAUGACCCGCGCUGGGCGAACGAGUAG